CCCUUAUAAUAUAAACGCCAUCUUCCGUUAGUGUGGUUCUUUUCCCGUUACUGUCGUCUUCUUUUAAAAACUACUUCUGUCUUCUCCCGUUAACCAGCCCCUUGGUUACGCAUCACACCGAAUCGGAUCCAGGCAGUUACUUCACGCCCUCUCGCCAACGGAGGCUUCCAGCCUUUAUCGUAAACAAAUACAAACAAGGUCGUUGCCAUGCCUCUGCAAAUCCACUCUGUUUUCUUUCCUUUCUACUCUUCUCAUCUUACUCGGUAUUACGGUUCCUCUUUAAUCAAGGUUGUCCCAAAAAGAAACAAGCUGCUUGCAGAUAAAGGACACAAGCAACAUGGGAGACUAUCUCUUGAUAAAAGAAAUAACUCCAGGCAUGGCUACAUGGACAAGCAAAGUGGUGGUUAUAGAGAAGCUCAACAUACGAGAAUCAGCCAAAAAUCCUGGGAAAAUAUACAAACCAUUUGUGCUCCAAGACAGUGUGGGAAACAAAGUUAAGGCUUUGGCCUAUGGGCAUGAAAUUUCAGUUAUCGACCAGCGUCUAAGUCUUCAUAAUACUUACCUGAUUUCUAAUGCAAUGGUCUCCAAUGUCUAUGCAAACUUCAAUGUUCCCGAUGUGGAAUAUCAAUUCAUUUGGUCAAUCAAUAGGAGGACAUUGAUACAAGAUGUGGAUGCAGUUGAUAAGUUAGAAAUAGUAGCACAACCUGAAGCAGCAGUUACACCCUUUAAUGCUUUCUAUGAUUCCAUGAUACAGAAGGAAUUGAUAAAUGUGCUCGGUCUCAUAAUAUGCAAACUCCCACGGGAGUUCGUUCUCACGUCCGAUGGACCGAAAAAGGCUAAUGACUUUGUAAUUAUAGAUGACCAAUCACAGCCCAUCAUUGUCACAAUGUGGAAUGAAUUUGCUUCCAUCCAAGGACAUGAAAUUCAGGGAUUAUUGGACGCAGGGAUACAUCCAAUAAUUCUUGCAAAACAUUUAGCUGUAACAUCUUACCAAGGAUUGUCUCUGUCUACUACAUACGAUUCAUGCAUUGAGCUAAACCCAAUCACCAAACAGGCUAAUGACCUGAAAGAAUGGAGAGGCGCACAUGCAAUUGCCAUUGAGCAAAUAAUCAAAAGAGGACACUACAUUGAUUCACUAGACGCUCUUGGACGUCCACAUCUCCAAGUAAAGACCAAUGUUUGUGAUGUACUGAAAAGUAUAAAAGAGGCAAAAAUGCUAUGGGUUGAAGGUAAUUUCAAUUUCAUUGGAGGUGGAACAAUUCCCUACUACAUAGGUUGCAACAGCUGCAAUAAAGGGAUACAUUCAACUGAAGAAGUGCACUAUGAGUGUUUGAAUUGUGGUAGCAAGCAAGGAAUUGCAACAAAAAGGUUUCGUCUAAGUGCAGAGUUCUGUGACAAAACUGGUGUUUUAGAAACAACUUUGUUCACUAAUGAAGUGUUCAAGUUACUACGUUUGUUUGAAAUGAAUGUUGCUCCUGAAUUUGUUGAAGUCGAAGAAUUAAAAAAAAAAAAUCAAGGCCGAGCGCUUCACUAUUGCAGUUAAACAUGUGCCCCCAAAAUCCCUGCAAGACACAAAGUUAAAUAUCUCCCUUCUUUAUUUGACUUCUUCUGUGGUGAAAGAUACUAAAGACAUAGCUAAAACCGAAGCAAACAAAAGCACCAUAACAGGAAAGAGGAAACUUGUACUAGAGGAAAGCUAUGAAUCAGAAGUACCAAAAGCAGGAACAGACUCAUCCCAAGAUAUUCCAAGCACAUCUCACAAACCCAGGCUGGGGAAAAAACACUUAAAGUGUUAGCUUAAUUCCUGAUCA